AUGCCUCUUAUCAAAAUUGAUUCAUGGUUUACACGUAUUGGUCAAGUAUUAGCACGUGAUAAAACAUCAACAUCGGAUAAUAAAGAAGAUAUUCGUUAUGCUGUUCGAAAAAUUAAUCAAUAUUUUUAUGCAGAAAAACCAACUGCAGAUGUAAUCGAAAAAUAUACUAAUAUUAUUGUUGAUCUUUUACUUUCAACGUCUAAUGGUCCAGAUGAUUUUGAAUUUCUUAGUCAAAUACUUAAUAUCAUACGAGAAAUACUUGAUUGUGAUAAGAAAUCAUCUCGACCAAUGGUAAAAGCUUUAAUAAAAAAUGAUAUAUGUAGUUUUUUAUUAAACACUCUUCGCACUGUAUCCGAAGAUCGUGGUUUGGGUCAAGAUGUUUCACUUCAAAUUCAUCAAAUUUUAGCAAUUAUUGGUCGUCAUGAUAAACGUCUUGCUUUAAAAGCUCGUCUAUUUAAAACAAUAUCAUGUACAAUUGGAUUAUUACGUAUAUAUAGUUAUAAUGCAAAAAUUUGUCCGGUUCUUUUAACUUUGCUAAAAAUCUAUGCAAAAAACGCAAUAACUGCUUCUUCGAUAUGUCGAGCAUCUGGUUUACAACCUUUACUUCGUCUAGCAUUAACACUUGAUCGACGGCAUGCUAAAUUACAAAAAUUAUCUAUUACUGUUGUUCGACACCUUACUCAAACUAAAAAAUUAGCUGCACGUGCAACAUCAACAACAAUUGUUCGUGAUAUAUUAGCUGUAGUUUUUCUCAUGGAUAAAUCCCAAGGACAAAAUCGUUUACGAACAAUUAAAAUAAAAGAAGGCCUUCUUAAAGUGCUCUUAAAUUUAGUUAAAUCUAAAGCUGGUCGUGUUCAAUUUUUGGAAGCUAAUGGUUUUUAUUUAUUAUAUGAGUUAGCAAUGAAUGUUUUACCAAAUGAUAAUUUUUGUACAUUUCUUGAUCUUUCUUGUCAAGUUAUGCUUCAUUGUUGUCCAAAACAACAAUUACCAAUUGAUACAAUAUUUAGUCCAGUAAGAUAUGUUUUACCACAAGGUUAUGAUUAUAUUGUUUCGAAUGAAUUACUGAGUGCUGAUCCUCAAAUAAUAAAAGAUCUUGAUGAUAUGCGUGAAAAAUGUAAAUCAGCUGUACCAUCAAAUGAACGAAAUUCUAAUAGUGAACAACGUAUUCGACCAAAAUCAUCAAUGGGUUCAUCAACAACAAGAGCAUCAUCAGCAUCAAAAUCUACAACAACGACAACAUGUCGACCAAAAUCUUCGAAAGGAACAAAAUUAGAUAAGAAAAAAGUUGAACAAAAAACAUUAUCAAAAAAAAAAUCGAAUACAAAUGGAAAUAAAUAUCGGCAAGUGUCAGGGUUAGAUACUAAUGGUCUUGAUGAUGUAGAAGAAACUGGUAUUCGUCUUGUUGAAGAUGAAGAACUUGAUGAUGAAGAUAGUUCGAAAUCAGAUGAUGAUGACGAAGAAGAAGAUGAUGAUGAGGAAGAUGAAGGUUCUAACAAAGAAAAUCUAUCGAAUUCUAUUCCUGCACCGAAUGGUGAAGAACCAAUACGUGAUUCAAUUGAUUUAUCAAGAGCUUAUGAACAAUUUUUUGAUGAAACAAUUGAUCCAAUUUAUAUGCUUCGUUUGAAGACGGCACAAACUAUUAUUGAUCCACACACAGACAGUUUAUUAUCAAGAUUAUUUCGAAAUAUGUUACCAGCAUCAUUGACACCAUUAACAACACAAUCAAAGUUUUCUCAUUGGCGCAUGUCAUCAGACUUAUAUUUUCAAACUUAUUCAACGCUUGCUAAAUCUACUAGAAGUGCCUAUCAAUUUACAAAACUUGCCUAUCCAGAUGCUUUUAAUGCUUUAUGUUAUCCAAGAUAUGAACCAAUGCAAAAAUCUGAUGAACGAAGUAAUCGAACAACAUUACUUGGUGAUAUUCGUCGAAUUCUUUAUCCACCAUCGAUUUAUAAUCGAACUAUAUAUGAUUUUGAUGCAAUUGUUGAUCAUUCAACAAAAACUACAUUAGAUAAUGAUGAUGAACAAAGAUGUCACAGGCGAUCAAAUACAGAUCAUCUUCUAUUUGAUUCUCGAUUUGAAUGUAGCAAUUUAAGAAAAGCAAUUCAAAUUACCGAAGAGGAAUACGAUCUUAUCCUUCGACCUGAUAUAAAUACAUUUCGUUAUCAUCAAUGGUUCUAUUUUGAAGUAUCAAAUAUGCGUAAUGAUAUAACAUAUCGUUUUAAUAUAAUUAAUUUUGAAAAAAUCAAUAGUCAAUUUAAUGUUGGUAUGCAACCAGUUAUGUUUAGUGUGUGUGAUGCACUUAAUGGUAAACCGUAUUGGCGUCGGACAGGUGAAAAAAUUUCUUAUUAUAAAAAUACAUAUGGUAAAAAGAAGAAAAUCUAUUAUACAUUAACAUUUAAUAUACGAUUUACAUAUGCUAAUGAUAUUUGUUAUAUAGCUUAUCAUUAUCCAUAUACAUAUACAACAUUAAGGACGGAUUUAAUUAAUUGGUCAAAUACAUAUGAUCGAACAAGUAUUUAUUUUCGUCAACAAGUACUUUGUAAAACAUUAUCUGGAAAUGAUUGUCCUUUAUUAACAAUAACUAGUUUUUAUAAUCAAAAUGAUUUAUAUCGAAAUGAAAAACAAACAAUUCCAUUACAUGAAAGAUCAUAUGUUAUAUUAACAGCACGUGUUCAUCCAGGUGAAUCAAAUGCAUCAUGGAUUAUGAAAGGAAUUAUUGAUUAUUUAUUAAGUGAUGAACCAACAGCACGAAUUUUACGAGAUCGAUUUAUUUUUAAAAUCAUUCCAAUGCUUAAUCCAGAUGGUGUUAUUAAUGGAUGUCAACGUUGUUCAUUAGCUACCAAAGAUCUCAAUCGUCAAUGGUCAUCUCCUAAUUCUAUACUAUUCCCAACAAUUUAUCAUACUAAGGGUUUAAUAGCCUAUUUAUCUAUGUGCUGUUCUCGACCGAUAACACUUUUUUGUGAUUUUCAUGGACAUUCACGACAGAAAAAUUUUUUCUUCUAUGGUAAUGAUCCUCGUGUUCAUUUUCUUGGUCCAGCUUAUGGACGUUCAACGAUGACAAAAUAUUUUCCAAAACUAUUUACGGAUAUACAAGGUUUUGCAUUACAAAGUUGUUUAUUUACAAUGCGAAAACAAAAAGAAGGCUGUGCUCGUAUUGUUGUUUGGGAUGAAUUUAAAAUUGAUUUUGCUUAUACAAUGGAAGCAACGUAUAGUGGUUUUGAUAUUGGAUUAUAUAAAGGUUUACAAGUACAAAUGUCAAUAUUACAAAUGAUUGGUCAUGAUUUUUGUAGAGUUUUAAUUAAACUUGUUGAUCAAGAAUUAAAAACAGCAGAAAGUGUUAUUCCGAUUGAAGAGUUAUUUGUUACAAAUGAAAAUUAUCUACAAGAAAAAUGUACGUCUAAUGGUGAAGAAAAAAGGCGUAGUUCUUCAACAGAUUCUUCCUCGUCAUCAUCGUCAUCAAGUAGUUCAUUAUUGUCAACGGAUGGAGGUGUUCAAUAA